ACUUAAGGAAGAUUAUCUUCUUAAAAAAAAAAAAAACUCUAGUGUUAAGUUGUGUAUUCAGUAAAAUGGGCAGCUCUAAGGCUUUUCUCUUGCUUGGCCUUCUUUCUUUUGCUUUCUUGAUUUCAUCUGUGGUCUCAGCUCGUCAACUUAGUGAGUCUACCUCUACUACUGAAACUCAUGCUAAAGAGGAGUCAAAGGACUUAGAUGGAUAUGGUCACGGACACGGUGGAUAUGGACAUGGCGGUUACGGCCAUGGUAGCUAUGGUCAUGGUGGUUAUGGACAAGGUGGACAUGGUGGCCACUACCCACCAGAAGAAGAAGAGAACCUAAAAGCUGAUGUUGAACCACAAAAUUAUGGUGGAUACGGUCAAGGUGGACAAGGUGGCUACGGGCACGGUGGACAAGGCCAAGGUGGCUACGGCCAGGGUGGACAAGGCCAAGGCGGCUACGGCCAGGGCGGACAAGGCAGCUACGGCCAGGGCGGACAAGGUGGCUAUGGCCAAGGUGGACAAGGCGGCUACGGCGGCCAAGGUGGAUAUGGUCAUGGUGGCUACGGCCAGGGUGGAUAUGGUCAUGGUGGUUACGGACACGGAGGCCAGGGUGGUUAUGGACACGGCGGAUAUGGAGGUCACUACCCACCCAAAGAAGAAAUGAACAACUAAUUAGUUACAAGCAUGACAAUAUAGAUCAUGAAGCUAUUUAGGUUUGCUUUGUGAUUGGCAUGCAUGCAGGCUCUAAGCUCUACUAGAGUGAGUAAAUGGACUACGUAUGUUAGUUCGUGCCUAUGCAUUUCCUAAUAAAUAUGUUCGAGGGGAGUUAUCCCCAUUUCUAUGCUCUUAAUCAAGUUAAAUAUGAAAUAUUUGCAGCUUAA